UGUGAAAUAACAGUACUGUGUCUGUCACAGUGGGAAUACAUUAUAUAUAAAUGGAGCACGGCUUUAAAGGUGCUUGUAGGUAGCCCCUACCUUUAAAUAGCAAUAUAUUUCAGGAGCCUGCCCGUACAUUUAAAUAUUAAUAUAUUUUAAAAGCCUGUUUCAGAAAUGGAUACAGUUUUAUACCUGGGAGGACUGAUUCUUUUUUUGUUGGUUUGGGUGAAGGUGAAAGGUUUGGAGUAUGUUAUCGUUCACCAGAGGUGGAUUUUUGUCUGCUUGUUUCUUCUGCCUCUCUCGGUUAUUUUUGAUAUAUAUUAUUAUGUUCGAGCGUGGAUCGUGUUCAAGAUGUGUAGCGCCCCUAAGCUUCACGAUGAAAGAGUAAAAGACAUCCAGCGACAAGUAUGUGAAUGGAAGAACCAAGAUGGAAAAACAUACAUGUGUACUGGGAGGCCUGGCUGGCUCACCGUGUCUCUACGUGUUGGCAAGUACAAGAAGACACACAAAAACAUUAUGAUCAAUCUGAUGGACAUUUUGGAAGUUGACACCAAACGCCAGGUUGUUCGUGUGGAACCACUGGUCAAUAUGGGUCAGGUGACUGCACUGCUCAACUCCAUUGGCUGGACACUUCCAGUUGUGCCAGAGCUUGAUGAUCUUACUGUAGGUGGUCUGAUAAUGGGUACAGGUAUCGAGUCUUCUUCUCACAUAUAUGGACUUUUUCAGCAUAUUUGCAUGGCAUAUGAACUUGUGCUCGCUGAUGGUAGUCUUGUAAGAUGUACACCUACAGAAAAUUCAGAGUUAUUCUAUGCAGUUCCAUGGUCCUGUGGUACCCUGGGAUUCUUAGUUGCUGCAGAGAUAAAGAUCAUUCCUGCAAAGAAAUAUGUACAGUUGCAUUAUGAACCUGUGCAUGGUUUGGAAAAAAUUUGUGAAAAAUUCUCUCAGGCUUCAUCAAACAAGGAUAACCACUUUGUGGAAGGCUUAAUAUAUUCAAAAGAUGAGGCUGUUAUAAUGACUGGUGUCCUAUGUGAUGAAGCAGAACCAGGCUUGGUAAAUUCCAUUGGCAAUUAUUACAAGCCCUGGUUCUUUAAACAUGUGGAAAGUUACCUAAAGAAAAACUGCAAAGGGGUAGAAUAUAUUCCGUUAAGACAUUACUACCAUCGGCAUACGCGCAGCAUCUUUUGGGAGCUCCAGGAUAUCAUUCCUUUUGGUAAUAAUCUUGCAUUCCGAUACCUUUUUGGCUGGAUGAUGCCGCCAAAAAUCUCACUGUUAAAGCUAACCCAGGGAGAAACUGUUCGGAAACUGUAUGAGCAGCAUCAUGUUAUCCAAGACAUGUUGGUUCCUAUGAAAUAUCUUGAAAAGUCGGUAGACAUUUUCCACAAGACAAUAAACGUCUAUCCACUAUGGUUGUGUCCUUUCACUUUGCCGAGUCACCCAGGCAUGGUACAUCCCAAGAGUAAUGAGGAAGAGCUCUAUGUAGACGUUGGAUCCUAUGGAGAACCAACAGUAAAAAAUUUUGAAGCUAAGGCUUCCACAAGACAGCUGGAACACUUUGUACGGGAAGUGCAUGGUUUCCAGAUGCUUUAUGCAGAUUGCUAUAUGACCAGAGAAGAGUUCUGGGAAAUGUUCGAUGGUGCUCUAUACCACAAGUUAAGAGAUGAACUAAAUUGCAGAGGUGCCUUUCCAGAAGUAUAUGAUAAAGUCUGUAAAGCAGCUAGACAUUAAUACCAACAAAGACUGCGGUAGUGCUUAUCUGGAUUAACCAUUAACUCUGCCUUUGGUCUUCUAGAAGUUAAGACUAGAAGGACCUGCUGUUUUUUGCAGGCUGGUGCAGUCUGAUUGACUUUAUUCUGCUGGUGGCCUGCAGAAGUGAAUGUACUUGUUGAUUCUAGCACUAAUUAUAUAUGAAGAAUUGGAGAGAGCGACAUCAUACUGCAAUACUUUACAGGACAUGUAUGGGUCUUUCCUAUUGAAUGUUUUGUUUCUGUGUUUUAUUUUUAAAAAUGAAAGAUAACAUUGUAUUAAAAUGAAAGUAGUACAAAAAUA